AUGCAUUUCUCCGUCCUCGCCCUCGUCACUCUCACCAUGAGCGCUGGCCUCGCAUCAGCCGUCAGCCUCCCCUCCACGGCCUGCUGGAGCCUCCAAUCCGUCAUCCAAGGCGUCGACAUCGAGGGUUUCUUCGGCCACGCCCAGAAGGAGAUCUGCAACAAAGGCUGCAAAGUCAAGCUGUCCGAGUACGAGCCCCACCUGCGCAACUUUGGCAUUUCCGUGAUCGAAACCGAAACCUCCAACAAGGGCGCGCCGCAGCUGAACAACGCCUACACCAGCGGCCUGGACAGCAUCAUCGACCUGGCCCGGACGAAAUGCGCAGCCGGAGAGGACGAUCUGUGCGCCAUGAAUGCCUCUGAGUUGCAGUCCCUGGCCAAGUGUCUCAAGGCCAACGCGUGGAGGAUGAUUCUGGACAACGCCUUGAGCCUGUGGCCAGUCCUGACGACGAAUUGCCAACUGCAGUAUGACGUCUUUUCGAACCCGGCCUUCUGGGAGGAGGAUAUCCCGACCUAUUUCCGUGGAUUUGCCGAGAACUGUGAGAAGAACUGA